AAGAGCUCUCAGUAAAAUAAGUGCUCACUACUACCACUAAAAUAAGAACACCCACUCUUCCCCGUGACACACACACACACACACUGCCGCCUACAAUCCACACCUACUCCUCCCCCCAACGCACCAAACUCUCCUAUUUCUUAGGACUGCAGAAUGUUUCUCAAGGUGAAAUUGAACUGGAAUGUGGUAAUACCGGCUGAGAAUCUUGACAUCAAGGGAUUGAUGUUACAGAAAGCAAUAUUGAUUCGUCUGUUGGAUGAUUUCGCAGCCAAGAGAGCAACGAGAGAUUAUGGAUACCUUUUAGCUGUCACCACUUUGGACAAAAUUGGUGAAGGUAAAGUAAGAGAACACUCGGGCGAUGUGUUGUUCCCAGUCCACUUCACUUGCUUGAGCUUCAAGGUGUUUAGAGGAGAAGUUGUAGAAGGGGUUGUCCAUAAGAUCCUUAAACAUGGUGUGUUUUUGAGGUGUGGCCCCAUUGAGAAUCUUUACUUGUCGAACCAGAAGAUGACUGAUUAUCAUUAUCAGCAUGCUGAUAGUGCAUGCUUUCUGAAUAUAAAGACGGGAUCGAGGAUCGAGAAGGAUGCGACUUUGAGGUGUGUUAUUAUUGGUGUUAAAUACAUGGAGGCUCAGAAGGAGUUUCAGGCUGUGGUAGGGUUGGAGGGAGAUCAUUUGGGGCCAAUUUAGUGGUCAAGGUAAAUUGAUUUUCUACAGAAGAUUGUCAACUUAGAAUGCAUCUGACUUUUUAAUAAUUUGUAAUUCUACAAUGUGUUGAACCGUCGGAUAUGCUAAUUGUCAGUAGGAAUGUCUUUGAUUA